ACACAGUUUUUUACUCUAUACAGAAAUAAGCUUAGAAAUGCCUUUGCUGUUUAGUUUUCUCUGGAUCUCGUUAGUAUCCUUGCUUACUGCAAAUCCUGACAUUUCCGUACCGCAGGAUCGCAUACUCGGUGGCCACGAUACGGAAAUCGAUGAAGCUCCCUGGCAGGUGUCCUUGCAAAAGAAUGGUAUACAUAACUGCGGUGGAUCCAUCUACAGUCAAACAAUUAUUAUAACCGCUGCGCACUGUGUUCACGGUUUGAAGACAGGAACACUCUCGAUACGAGCGGGAUCCUCGAAACACAAUUCCGGAGGGAUUGUGGUCAAAGUCGCUGCAUUUAAAUAUCACGAGAGAUACGACAGUGUGACAAUCCACAACGAUGUGGCCGUAAUUCUAUUAAAGGAUCCUCUCGCUUUGAGUCCAUAUAUCCAAUCCAUUCCUCUGGCUAAAACGGAUCCAGCCGAAGGAUCUCAGGCCCUAUCAACUGGCUGGGGUUCCACCGGCCUGUUUUCUCCGAUACAUCUUCAGGGCGUGGACCUUAAGAUCGAGAGCAAGAGUUUUUGUAGAUUGAAGUAUCCCUUUAGGGUCUAUAAAACUGACAUCUGUGCAGGACACCUUGGCAAGGCCGUGUGUAGGGGGGAUUCUGGUGGACCCCUCGUAGUAAACGGCAAGUUGGUGGGAAUCGUUUCCAGAAGCGGUAACAUAUUAUGUCUGGCUAGUGGACUUUAUGUCAGUGUUGCCCAUUACCGAAAGUGGAUUUUGAGGACAAUUGAAUCUUUUUAAAAAUUUCACCUUUUUACUAUAAAUAUUUGUAAAAUCACCAAGUAUGGCAAUAAUCGAACUGUAUACUUCUAAUAACCAACUAAGGAUCCUUAUUAACCUAUUAGUUUAAUAAUCAAUCUUUAGUCAUAAAUGACCUUAACUUCCAUUUAAAUAAAUAACAUUUUGAGCAUA